UCUUGACCUCAUUGACUCGCUCCGCAAUUCUUAUCUGAAACACUCGCCAACUCAUCAUCCCUAACUCACUUUCGGAGUGAACACAGAGCACAGCACAGCACAGCACAGCACAAGUAUCCAAAAAAUGGGUGCUAGUAGUGAUCCGAAUCCAGACGGUUCGGACGAGCAGCAGAAAAGAUCCGAGAUCUACACCUACGAGUCUCCAUGGCACAUCUACGCCAUGAACUGGAGCGUCCGUCGCGACAAGAAGUACCGUCUCGCUAUCGCCAGCCUCCUCGAGCAGUACCCCAACCGGGUCGAAAUUGUCCAGCUUGAUGAUUCCACUGGCGAGAUCCGAGCCGACCCAAAUCUUUCUUUCGAACAUCCCUAUCCGCCCACCAAGGCCAUCUUCAUCCCUGAUAAGGAGUGCCAGAAGCCCGACCUACUCGCCACCUCCAGUGACUUCCUCCGCAUCUGGCGGAUCUCCGACGAAGAACGCCGCGUCGAGCUUAAGAGCCUUUUGAAUGGAAACAAGAACAGUGAGUAUUGUGGGCCGUUGACGUCGUUUGACUGGAACGAAGCGGAGCCGAAGCGAAUCGGAACAUCGAGCAUCGAUACCACGUGUACAAUUUGGGAUAUCGAGAGAGAAGCGGUUGAUACUCAGCUAAUCGCUCACGAUAAAGAGGUGUACGACAUAGCGUGGGGCGGCGUCGGCGUUUUCGCUUCCGUUUCGGCCGACGGUUCCGUUAGGGUUUUCGAUUUGCGCGAUAAAGAACAUUCGACGAUUAUCUACGAGAGCUCGGAACCGGACACACCGCUGGUUCGUCUGGGCUGGAACAAACAGGACCCCAGGUACAUGGCGACGAUAAUCAUGGAUAGCGCGAAGGUGGUGGUGUUAGACAUUCGCUUCCCAACGCUCCCGGUGGUGGAGCUUCAGCGCCACCAGGCGAGUGUGAACGCCAUUGCAUGGGCCCCGCACAGUUCGUGCCACAUAUGCACGGCGGGUGAUGAUUCGCAGGCGUUGAUAUGGGAUUUGUCGUCAAUGGGUCAACCUGUUGAGGGUGGAUUGGAUCCGAUUCUGGCGUACACGGCAGGGGCUGAAAUCGAGCAGCUGCAGUGGUCAUCUUCGCAGUCGGAUUGGGUUGCCAUUGCGUUCUCUACGAAGCUUCAGAUUCUUAGGGUAUGACCAGAUAUUGUUAUUUGCGGACAAUCAUGUUUCCUAAUGUUAGGAGGAUUUCAUUCCUAAAUGAUCAAUCAAGAGAGUAAAACUGGAUGAUCAAUAUAAUUUGUCUAUUUGCAUGCAAA